AUGAGCAAGCAAGAACAGCGUCACUUUUUGGCUCCUCCAUUCACAAGUGCUGUACGACAAUUGAAUUUCAAUCUAAGAGCAGAGGAGGCUAGAUUAGCUGAACCAUCAAAGAUGCUGCCUAUUCCAAGAAAUCGUAAUUUCAGUUCUAUAAGAGAUGACGAAAGAGAUGAUGCAGGUUCGACGGCAAACCCGAGGAUUCGGUCCAGAUGGGAAACCCACCAACCAGACAAGGCAUUUCUUCAUCCAAAUGUCUCAGUGAUGGACCCGGCAAUGGAUCGUUCCCUAGAGUUUAGACAUAGAUACGCAUCAGUCCCGCCAAUGUAUCCAUCAUGGCAGUCUUCUCGAUGGCAUUCACGAGGGAAUAUCGACAUAUAUCGGUAUCAAGAUCGACAACAGCAACGGCCAAUUGGGAUGGUCUCAAUGUCUCAUAACAGACAAAGCGGUUCAAUGAUACCAGAACGACAACGGCCUGCUUUUCCCAGUUCCGAAUCAGAGCGGUAUCGCCCUUCGUACCGCAGUGCUGAAACAGGAAUGAUCUUGCCAACGGCUGAAGCUCCAAGAAACCAUACCCAUGUCGCAAUGACAAAAGCAAUCCCAGGUCCCCGGAAAGCUAUCAUUUCGACAGGCCUUGUAUUGCCACGUGGUCUAGUUUCGCAACCUCCAGCUAGAGAACAAAUACGGGUAGGUAGCACAGUUCGGAAGCGAGCGACUGGAAUCAAUCAGCUUGAUACACCAGCAAAAAAGGCGAAGCCAUCGGAACCUUUAAUAGGCAAAUUUGAUAAGCUUGAUCUCCUAUGCGCAGCAACAUUGGACCUUGGUCCACUUCAAGAGAAUCCCACCGGAUGUUCUUGCCCAAAGAGCAAGUGCAUUGCUCUUUACUGCGAUUGCUUUAAAGCUGGUAGACGAUGCAGCCAAAGCUGCACUUGCCUUGACUGCAAGAAUACGGUGGAACAAAGCGGACCAAAUGGUGCCCGUUCGAAGUCAAUCCUUGCGAGAAAUCCACGAGCAUUUACCAACGCCGGAAAAAGCAAUCCCCAGAAGCUGAAUCCGGGCGACCAAGGUUGGUGCAACUGUGUUCGAUCACGUUGCUUGAAGCUCUACUGUACUUGCUUUCAGAGCGGUAAGACAUGCGAUCCUUCACUUUGCACAUGCGUUGGAUGCCUGAACAUUGGAAAAGACCCAACUGGGGCACGCAAAUAUGCCAUUCAAAUGACACUCGAGAAGAGACCCGAUGCAUUUCGUCAAAAGAAGAAGACAAAAGAGGUCGGAGCAGGAUGCGCAUGCAAAAAUAAUAGAUGCAUCCGCAAGUACUGCGAGUGCUUUCGCACAGAGCGAAAAUGCACCAAGAUUUGCUCUUGUAAAGAUUGCCAAAACCAAAUUGGUGUUUUGUAA